AUACUUGAAGUAGCAGUGUAAGGGAAAUCUGUUGUCCUAAGCCAGGAGUGAGUGCUGUCUGGGGGACCUGCUGAAAUCUGAACCCUCUGCUCACCGUCAGCAUUUUAUUAACUCUUUAAAUAAUGAGAUUGCACAUUCAUGAGUGAUUUUAUGAACUGUGUCAACCGAGGUGACAGCUGGAAGAGCUGGUUUCAUUCAUUCUUGGAAAAGAACAUCUACAAAAAAAAGGAACCAACGUCUACGCCUCUAUCAUUUUCACAAUCCUCUAACGAGGGCAGAGGACCUUUUCUACAUCGCUCACAUCCAAGAGGAGAUUCUGUAAAACUCAAGAGAACUGAAAAGUCAAAAUGAAACCCUUCCUCAUAUCUGCUGUGAGCCUGGCUCUGUGCCUCCUGCUAGGUACACCAAUUUAUGCAACCACCUCGUCCAGUCCUACUCAAAAUACCUCACCCAAUGUGACAACCUUGACGUGUUACUAUUGCCCGGAACCAACUGCCAGCGCUCAGUGUUCGGACACAAAAGUCUGCAAGGGCAAGGAAACAUACUGUCUGAUAACAGCGGAGAGCUCCAAUGUAGGUUUUCCUUUUGAUGGGACAGAGGAAGUGACCCGGGACUGCGGCACAUUCUCCGCCUGCGCCUUGCAAAGUGAUGAUGAGGACCUUGGAGAUACAACAACUGUCAUUUGCUGUAAUAAACCUUUCUGCAACUAUAUGGGCCUCUCUGUCAAUAGCUCAGCAAUAGUGGCCCGCCCGGAAAUCGGGAUGUAUGCAGUAGGAAUUUCAGUGGCCUUGAUCACAAUCAGACCGUGACUGGAAUCCUUGGACAACCAACGAUGUCUGCAUGGAAAUGACGCGUUUCCCCAUAGUUGUCCUCACGCUCAAUAUUUAAAAUAAUGUUUUCAUCUUUAUCAAUUUUUUCCCAAAAGCUAGAAAUAAGGAUCAUUAUAUGUUUGUCUUCUCCAUCAUUGUAUAUGUGAAUAUUAAAAUGGAAAGUUUCCAUUUAAUGCCCCCCAUUGGCAGCCCAGGAACAUGUUUACUUCAUUCUGUCAGAUCGGCUGUUUCUGUGUAACAUAUGUAAAGACCGUUCAAUAUCUUUUCGGUAUCCGGUCUACAGAUCUACACUAAAAAGGUCUAUAGUCGAAGAUCGACCACUAAUGACAUAGGUCGAGAGGGUCAAAAGGUCGACAUGUAAACGUUGGACAGGUCAAAAGGUCGACAACUUCACAGGUCCAACAUGACAAUAUUUUUUUUCUCUUUACUUUCUUCAACAAUUGUGUUGAUUAUUUCCAUGUCAACCUCUUGACCCUGUCAAACUUUUGACCCCAUCAACCUAAUGCACGUCAACCACUAGUAGACGUAAUGAUCCACACCCAUCUUUUCUACACUUUACUUCAGCAAAUGUAUUGUCUAAUGAGAACACCCUCCCCCCCAACCAUUGUAUCUACCUCUGCCUAUAGUAAUAUCAUAUACUGCAGGGCAUUGACUUCAAGGGUGGUAUUCAUGUGACCGCCGAUCAGCUGACCGACAGUCACAUGACCUCCUCCGUGAGCCCGACGGCUCACUAUCCCGAUGGUCGGCAUGCCGACCAACAGGGACUAUUUCAACUCGUGGGUGUCCAAGACACCCAUAGAGUGGGAAUAGAACCCGUGGCGACCGCAGGUCGCCACCGAGCCCGCAAGGGGCUUGCUGCACUCGCCCCUCCCCGCCGGGAUCCCGGCGUCGGUAUGCUGCCGGGAUCCCGGCGUCGGUAAGGUGACCGGCGGUCAGGAGACCGCCGGUCACCAGUACUACACCCGACUUCAACAUACAGUAUACUGUAUCAGGCCAAUAAAUGGCUACACCCUAGAAAUCAGAUGGACAUUUUUAUAUGUUUAUACUGUAGGUCACUGAAGUUGGAAUGAGUAAAGGUCUGUUGCCAACUCAGAUUGUAACACACAAUUCACUAUUGGAACUCUGACAGACACACACCAGGCUGCUAUUAUUUAUGGUGCUGGUUCAGCGAAUCCAAUUUAUCACCCAUUGGAAACAGUAAUUGUUCCAUAGUGUUCCCUUUGUUCAUAUGCUUCAUUGGUCCAAUAUAAUCGUUGGUAACCAUAUAUAAAGUUCCUGUUAGGGACCUUUACUGAUUGAAGAUUUUUAUUCGAUUUUAAUUAAUUCUGUAGUAUUUUCCCACAUUGGAAAACCGAUCUGUUUUCAGACUAUUUCAAACCGGCACUUCUAGCGACAUACUUCUGUAUAUCAUAUUUGCCUAUAAAUAUUGAUACUUGCCCCUGAAGAAGUCCUUUUGGGACGAAACGCGUUGGAUUCUGUGUCAUUUUGUUUUUCAUUUACCACCAUCUGAAUGAAUAUCUGACAAAAGCUAUUUGUCCUGUUCAUGUUGGAUCAAUCAAUACAUCAAUGUAAAAUUUGCUGUUAAUCUGAGCUUAACUGCUCUUAUAUGUGGUACUGUAAAAUAAAUUUUAUUUAUCUAAAGGAGUUUGUGUUUUACAAAGACUUUUUACUGGUACUAUACAGCUGUCUUACACAUUAUUAUCAUCUGGUUGUUAACAAACACCAUUAGCGCCCUCAGAAUUUUUUUCAUAUUCUUUCACGGACAUUUUUAUAUGUUUAUACUGUAGGUCACUGAAGUUGGAAUGAGUAAAGGUCUGUUCCCAACUCAGAUUGUAACACCCAAUUCACCAUCACUGAUCCACUAUACAUUGUGCAUUUCAAAAAGAUGAAUGGUUUCUAAUUAUAGGACUGAGAUCAUCAAUCGGGAGAUCUGUUCUGUUGCGGAGAAACGCGUGCUUUAUAUAUGUUCUCUGAAACUUAUUGAGAAGCUUAUCUCUCUUUGGUUGCAGUUAGGGGUCACAAUUUCCAACACUGUUUACCCACCGGUACCAGACAGAAUUCUUCUGUAGAUUACUCCAUAUAUGGCCGGCCUUGAAUGUGACUGUAUAUGGGAGUAGGUCUAUUUCCAUGCAUUUUUACACAGAA